ACUUAGGCAGGUGGCAACGUUGUGGAUAGAAAGAGACUACCAAGACCUGUCUGUCCUGUGGAUUUAUAAAUUGUUUUAUUAAUAUAAAUGCUUCAAAUGUUUAAUGUUUUCGUGAUAUGAUGAUGAUGCUUCAAUGACUGUCCUGCGCUGAAUAACAGUGCUGCCAAUUCGUGUAAUACCCAAAUUUAUAUAAGCCAAAGCAUUUAAGCCGCUUUAACGUUUGAUAAAACAGGCCAACCAACUUCUCGCGAUCAGAUCACACAAGUCAUGCCACGGGGUAAACGUCGAGCUCCAGAAAUCGGUGACAAUAUGGAUGGUCAAUCAAAAAGAGCCCGCACCAGCUACACAAGCAUUUCAACACAACAAAGCAGCAGACGCCAUAUCAGAGCUGAAGAUGGUUUCAGUCAGAAGCGCUGUCUCGCCUGGUUUCAUGAAUACACUACACCCGAUGAGCCAGAUACGCUGGGGCCAGAUGGCAUGGAGAAGUUUUGUGAAGAUAUUGGCGUUGAGCCUGAGAAUAUUGUGAUGCUGGUGCUCGCCUACAAAAUGGGUGCCACACAGAUGGGAUUUUUCAGUCAACAGGAAUGGUUAAAGGGUCUCACAGAUCUCGAGUGUGAUUCCACAGCGAAAAUGGUUGUGAAACUGGACUAUCUGCGCAGCAUACUCAACGAACCCAACUCCUUCAAGAGUAUAUAUCGAUAUGCCUAUGAUUUUGCUAAGGACUCGGAUCAGCGGAGCAUGGACAUUGCGACGGCCAAGGCAAUGCUGCAAUUGUUGCUGGGCAAGCAUUGGCCGCUAUAUCCUCAAUUUGCACAAUUCCUCGAGCAGUCUAAGUACAAGGUUAUCAAUAAGGAUCAAUGGUGCAACAUACUCGAGUUCUCUCGCACCAUCUGCAUUGAUUUAUCAAAUUAUGAUAUUGAUGGCGCAUGGCCCGUGAUGUUGGAUGAAUUUGUCGAAUGGCUGCGUUUACAACGUGGCUUAGUCAUUGUCAGUUCAGGAUCCAGCUGAGAGUUCCUGGACCGUGUACUUCUAGUUAAACUUUAGAAAUUCAAUAGUGUCCAUGAUGAGAUCAGCGGGAGUAAGACACAAACAAACAAACACAUCCAAAUACAGAGAGCGGAACACACACACACAAACACACACAAUAAUCACAGCCCCUCCCAUUACACACGCUAACUCCCACACACACACACACCCACACAUACGUACACCCACACAGAGACACAAGGCACUUGAGACUGCGUAAAACUGGAAAAGCAAACCAACUAUAAAACUACACUAUUGAUAUAUUUAAAUAUAUUUAAUGUAAUAAUUUAAUUGUAAACAACAUUUAAAAAAACAAACAACAUAAAGUGUUACUUUUAAGGCAUUCACUGAAUCAGAAAAUGGGCAAGAAAAGUCUUCAAACUAAUUAAACUACAACAAUGAUGGCAGCAGAAAAGCAAUAAUCGAAAAAGGAUAAAUAUACAAAGGGGAAAAGAUAAUUGCAAACAAACAACAAAAACUUAUACGUACAUUAAACAUACUGAAAUCGAGUAUAUCAUUCACAUAGUCAAAGCGAAGUUAGCAAAAGAAAAAUAAAUAAAUUAACGUUUGUUUAAGCGUGUGAACAGGCAUGAAAUUAACUAAGGGGAACUGUAAAGUCUAAAGACUUUCUAAUAAAUGUAUUAAAUAAGA